AUGCACCCCGGCAGCCCCACAGCCCCUGGGGUCUCUGAGCCAAGCCCCCACGAGCUGUGUGCCUUCGUGAGGGGCGCCGCGGCCCACAUGCUGCGGGCCCUGCACCCCCGGCGCCUCCGGCCCCCCAAGAGGAGACCCAACCACAGGCGCUUCCUGCACAACCAGAUCUGCAGGCAGUUCGCCCAGAUCGAAGCGGCCACCCAGCGCCUGGCCCUGUCCAUCCUGUCACAGGAGGUGCCUCCACGGAGACCGCAGCCCCUGAGGCCUCCUCCGCCGCCGCCAUCCCCUUUCCUGGGGGUGGCCCGCGCCUUGGCGCCCUCGGAGGGGCCCCACGCCGGCCGCAGCCUGAGCCUCGCUGCAUUGGACAGCUCCACCCUCGACCUCUUCGAGGACAUCACUCUCACGCCCGAGGAUCCCUGGGUGCCCGCCAAUGCCCCUGCCCCGAGGCUGCUGGCAGCAGCUCCUACCCAGGGCACCCUGGGCCAGCCGGACCUGAUGCAGGUGGCGCACUGCCCCAGCGCCCUGACCCCUGCCCUGCAGGCCCCGGGGAGCGGGCCUGAUGUCGGGGCUUCUGGCUGGGCCUGGGAGGACAGCUGGGAAGUUCCCUGGGCCCGGGAAUCUCCUGAGGGCUGGGGGGCCUGCUCCCCGUGA